GAGAGGGGGUGGGGGGAAGGAGGAGAUGAAAACAGUUAGGAAGGGGGGAAAGAAGAGCACGAACUAUAAACGGAUCGUUGUUUUUGUUUUGUUUUUUUUGUUUUGUUUGUUUUUUUGAGACAUAACCAAAAGGAUCCUGACGCUUUGCUCCUGAACCACUCAGAUUAUCCGUCAUGUCGUGAAAGCCCAGGAUGAAAAUGUCCGGGGAUCUUCUUCAGGAAUCCUGCCACUAAACCGCGCCGCGCUGUCACGAUUUAAGGAGGUAAAAUUGAAUAUGAGUCUCAUUUAACCGAGGAGGAGGUGGGGGCCCCUCAUCAAGCUCAUACCAGCCAAACUCAAAGUCCCACGAUUUCUUUUUUUAUUAUUAUUCUUUAAUUAGCAGAAAGGGAUUUCUUCUUCUUCUUCUUCUUUCUACUGCAUUGAAUUCCUCUGGACGAGAUGUCAUCCGCAUUCAGGAGGAGCUCCUCCGGCUGACUGAGCUCCCCAGCAGCAGAGGGACGCCGACGCACAGACGGACGAUGGGAGAUGCGGCAGAGGACCGAGGGAUGAGACGCACGUUCAUCGUCCCUGCCAUCAAGAGCUUCGACCACUACGACUUCACCAGGGCCAAGGUCUCCUGCAGCCUGACGUGGCUGGUGGCCAAGGCUUUCGGCUCGGAUGCCGUUCCGGAGGAGCUGGCCGAGCCCUUCUACAGGGACCAGUACAACCAGGAACACCUGAAGCCUCCCGUCGCCUGCCUGCUUCAGUCCGCGGAGCUGUACUGCCGCGCAGGAAGCCUGAUCCUCCGCAGCGAUGCCGUCAAACCUCUACUGGGACACAACGCCGUCAUUCAGGCCCUGGCCCAGAAGGGGCUGUAUGUCACAGAUCAGGACAGACUGGUCACCGAGAGAGACUUGACCAGCAUGCCUAUACACAUGAGCUCCCAUCUGGCGCUCAUUGAUACCUUAAUGAUGGCCUACACCGUGGAGAUGGUGAGUGUGGAGAGGGUGAUGUCCUGCAUCAACAAGUACUCGUCUGCUGAACCGCUGCACAGCGACGGUCUCGUCCAGGGGCUGCCGUACGACACAGAGGAUGCAAUCGCCACCUGGAUCAACAAGACGAACGAGCAGCUGAGGGACAUCCUCAUCGAGGAACAGAAGUUAAGAGAGGCCUCGCUCCAAGACUCAAGCAUCACAACACAUAAGUCUUCUAGCAAAUGGUACUGGAGAUUAGUACCUGCCCGAUACAGGAGGGAGCAUGCCCAGAAGAAUGUCCCGUCGCUCCCCCUGGUGGAGAAUUUGCUGAAGGACAACACAGACGGCUGCGCCCUGGCUGCCCUGCUGCACUUCUACUGCCCACAGGCCGUCCGGCUGGAAGACAUUUGCCUCAAGGAGACCAUGUCUCUGGCUGACAGUCUAUACAACCUCCAGAUGGUGCAGGAGUUUUGCAGGAACAACCUCAAUCACUGCUGCCACUUCAGCCUGGAGGACAUGCUCUACACCCAUGCGUCCAUAAAGAGUAACUACCUGGUGUUCAUGGCUGAGCUUUUCUGGUGGUUCGAGGUCGUGAAACCCUCCUUUGUUCAACCCAGAGUCUUCGACCCCAACGCCUGUGAGCCUGUAUCGUCCUGCAGAGACAUGGCUCCUGUGUCCAGUCCUGUCAAACAGAACUAUGCAGACAGACCUUCCAGUCCAGAAAACCUCACAGCUGAAGGCUUAAUGAAGAGAUCUACCUCCCUGUCCUAUGUUGACGGUUGUGUCAAGACGUGGCCCAAAGAAAAACAAUCCUCCUCUCGGGGAAUCUCCUUUGAGAUCCCGCUGGAUGGAGAUGCAACGUUGCCCCCAUUUGAGGCUCCUUCUACCUGCGGCAUGACCCGCUCAGCCAGUACCGAUGGUCUGGGGUUCAAAGUUCAUUAUGCAUCAAGAGGCGGCAUGAAACGCCACCUCUCCCUCACGCCAGUCGACGUGAACGGUCAGGGCAGACAGAUCCCAGAGGAGGACGACAACUUCGCUUCCCACAAACCUUUGGGACGGAACAACACUUUCUCUAUUAAGAGCCAAAGCAGGUACCCCAAUGGAGUCUUACCAGACAACAGCAGCCCCACUAAGUACCAAGGGAGCCACUCCGCCCGCGUCAGUCCAUCAACUCCUCCGAGCAUCGAGGAGGCCCUCAAGAUCAUCCACGACACCGAACGGCCUCAUGCCAGCCUCGCUAUUGGAGAUGGAGACAAUGGCUUUUUUCUGCAUGGUGCAGAGCCGUCAGACCCUCCAGGGGCUCAAGCUCCCGGAGAUGACUUUGGUUCAGCGAAGGCUCGGGUGAAUGACCGAGACCCCAACUCUGCCUCCACAGAUGAAGUCGACACAGGCAUCCAUGUGCGGACAGAGGACAUCCAGAGUUUGGAUGAGGACUCCUCAUCUCUGAGAGACUACUCAGAUAUAGAUCCAGACUGCGAGGCCAUGACGAGGUCGUGUCCUCUGCCCGGCAAGCAGGAGAGGAGCAGGGAAGGGGAACACAAGGAGGAAGUGGAAGCAAACCCUGAGGGUGAACAGGAACACGGAGGUGACAGAGGCAGCCCUUGUCCCAGUUCUGCACCCACCCUCCCCAGGUCUUACACAGGCAGUCCCGCCUCUUCAUCGGGUGGGUCAGGUGGGGGUCUGGUGCGGAUGACCAGCUUUGCAGAGCAAAAGUUCAGGAAGUUGGAGGGAAGGAGUAGCGGAGGAACUACCACUCCAGACAGCUCUGAUCUUAAUGUGCCCUAUACACAUUCAGCCAGAACCACUUCCACUCAGUUCUCUUCGCCUCCCCUGCCAAUCACGUCGCCUUCUCCGGCUACCCCGUCAACAAGAGACCCCUCCCACUUCAUAGCCUCAGAAAUGAUUCAGCUGAGAAUGAAACUUGAAGAAAAACGCAGAGCCAUUGAAGCCCAAAAGAAAAAGGUAGAGGCAGCCUUCACCAGGCACCGUCAAAAAAUGGGAAGAACAGCCUUCCUGAAUGUAGUAAAAAGGAAAGGAGUGACAGCCCCUCUGAGCCAGAACUCCAGAGGGGCAGAAACACCUUCACCUAUCUCCUCGUCAAAGGAGGACAGUGUGGAGCGGGUGGAGAGAUGCAAACCUGAUGGAGCAGCUCCCAAAUCUCCAUGCGAAGACGGUGGGGGCGUGACCCCUGGAGAGGUCGAUCUUGCAGAAUACACACGGUCCAUUGAAAGGCUCAACACGUCGCUGGGCUUCCUGCAGACUGAGAUGCAGCGACUGGCCCAACAGCAGGAGCAGAUCAUGGCCAUGAGAGACCAACACCAACAAGCCUGUGUGAUCCCGCCUCCUGCUCCGUCUCCUCACAGGCAGCUCCGCGAGUUGCGCAGCAGCAGCGUCACAGGCAGAGGAUCGGGCCGGGGGUCGGUGGGAUCCUUGUCCCCGAUCCUGUCCUCUUCCGGGUCGCCGCGCGCCCCCAACCGUUCACCUGCAGGCAUCAAACGACGACCGGCCUCAUUUCAUGCCAGAACACCUCGGACUCCCCGUCCAAAUGACCUGAAGGUCACUCCCAUCAGUCGGAUGCUCAACACUCCCACCUCAGUAGACAGCCUGCCCAGACUGAGGCGUUUCAACUCCAACCAAACCCAGCAGAGCUCGUUUGCCUACCUGAGUCACGACGAGGGCAUCAGGGGAAGACACAACCAAGAGCUCAAGGGUGAAAAAGAUGACUCUAAGAAAAAAGAGGAAAUGGAAGUAAAGAGCAGUGAUGAGGAAGAAUGCAAGAAAAAGACGAGUGAGCGCUUGAAGGAGAGGACAGAAUCUAAAGAGGAGUCGAAGGCAUCAGAGGUUUUGUGCCAGCCGGUUUCAGAGACCAAAGGUGGGGUUGUUAGCCAGAGUCAAGAUGACAAACAGGAAAGAAAGGACCUAGUGGAGGUGCCGCUCUCUUGGGUAAAGCCUCCUGGUGGCCGGGGUCCGGAUAACACAGAGGAGGGAGAGAAAGGAGGAGAAAGUUAUGGAGACGACCAAAAGAUGUGCUGUGGAUUCUUCUUUAAGGAUGAUGUGAAGGGAGAAGAGGACAUGGCGGCAAAGAAAGCAGCUCUGUUGGAAAAGAGACUUCGGAGGGAGAAGGAAGCUCAAGAGAAGAAGCAACAACAAGAGCUGGACCAGGAGCAGAAGAAAGAAGCUGCACGAUUAAAAGCAGAGGAGGAGCAACAGAAGAAGGACGACGAGAAGGCGAGGAGGGAAUACAUCAAGAACGAAUAUCUGCGGAGGAAGCAGCUCAAACUGAUGGAGGACAUGGACGAGGUCAUCAAGCCGCGUGGUGGAAGUCUGAAGAAAAAGCAGCGGCCCAAGUCCAUCCACAGGGACAUCAUGGAGUCAUCGACUCCUCCUGUGAGAACGACAGGCGUGCGUCCUCGGGGCUUCUCUGUCUCAAGUGUCUCUUUGGCGUCCCUCAAUCUGGCUGACAACGACAGGGACCAGCCAGAUAACAGGAAGAACAACAGAGGCCACAAACUAGCCUCAGCUCAUAUCCCGUUUUUUUUAAGCUCUCCAAAAGACAGAAAGGGAAGGCCAGACUCUGUGGAGGGUUUUUCUUCUUGUCCUUCGGCCGGCAGUCGUAACGGAGAGAAAGACUGGGAAAACGAGUCGACCACGUCCUCCACUCCAUCCAACACAGAGUACACAGGACCGAAACUGUACAAGGAGCCUAGUGCCAAGUCCAACAAGCACAUCAUCCAGAAUGCCCUGGCUCACUGCUGCCUCGCUGGCAAAGUCAAUGAAGGGCAGAAAAACAAGAUACUUGACGAAAUGGAGAAAUCCGAAGCCAAUAACUUCCUAGUGUUGUUUCGUGACUCCGGCUGCCAGUUCAGGUCCGUCUACACGUAUUGCCCCGAAACGGAGGAGAUCGCCAAACUGGCCGGCAUUGGCCCAAAGUCUAUUACUCCCAAAAUGAUCGAAACUUUGUACAAGUACAACUCGGACAAGAAGCAGUUCAGCAAGAUCCCGGCUAAAACCAUGUCCGCCAGCGUGGACGCCAUCACCAUUGCCAACCACCUGUGGCAAACCAAGAAGCAGGGGACUCCCAAAAAACACCCAAAGUAGAGGCAGGUGAAGGCGGUGCAUCUGGACAAGUUGAAACAUACUGAAGAUAAUGUGGAUUUUUUUCUAUAUGUAUUUGAGGGACGCUAGUUACCAUUCCUGAAAAAUCUCAACUGGAAUGUUGAAAUACAUUAUCACACAUAAAACUAAUACAGAGCUAACUAUGACACUACUUCAGUGUGGCACAAGUGUGUUCUUGUCAGCAUGUGUAUCAAUGUUCUCAUGUGCCAAAAAAAAAAAAAAAAAGAAAGAAAGAAAAGAUGAUACCAGGUGAGCCGAUGCCUUACCAAGCUGAACCACUGAAGCACUGAAUGUCACGCCUCUCAGAGGCACUUUGGGUUCUCUGCGCUGAUCAUGUGUAGCCUUAUGCUUGUUCUGUGUCACAUGGACGCAAAGUGGGUGUUGGUGUCAUUUUGUCUGCGCCUGCCGAAAACAUCUGUUUGUUGUCUGUACACACAGGUCCAAGAUCAGAUUAGGUCCCCUUCGCAGUUAGCUGCCUGUCUGUGAUCAGAUGUGACUUCAGCUGCUUAACAGGCAUGUUUUAUUUUUUUUUGUUGUUGUCGUUUUUUGCCUUUGUACAUGUGAUUGACAACUCUAUAAACAGGUUUUAUUUCUGUAUAUGUGUGCACGUACAGUGAAGUGCCAACCAGCACGCUAAGCACACCUCAAGUGGAGAAUGGAUUUAUUUGACAAAAGUGUGUGUUAAUGACGAGUGUAUGGAGUACCAUCAAAUGGUUCUGGAAAACACCUGCAAUAGGAUUUUAAUUUAUUUUACUUCAAUAUAGCUUUUGAGAUACGUUGAAUACACAUUAUGUUUUAUGCGAAACACAACAUGGUCCGCAGCAUACCUUAGUUAUAUUUGUUGUAUAUCAUAGGAAAGCAAACAAGUCGGUUCCUGGUAGCAUUUGAGUAGCUUUUGUAAUUUAUCAUGUUUAUGUAUAUUGUUGUUUUUUUUUUCUGGGGCCUUUUAUUGUGCUACAGAUGCAAAAAAUCUGAUCCCUCAGCAGCAUUACUGACAAGACUACCAUGAGUUAUGAUCUAAAUGGAGAUCUCAGUGUCAUCAGUGUGUGCAGUAAUUUAAGUUCUAACUAUUGAUUAUGCUGCAGAGUGACCGAAUAACUAAAAUGUCACAUCAAUGUGCUUUGUGUCCUCACUGUUAGAUGCAGAUUGUGAUCAGAUUUUGUUGUAAAUAGGAGGACGAACUUCCCUGCGCUAGCGGUGUCAGACCUUCUCCACUGUUGCUGCGUCUGAUCUGAGAGGUUUUUACACUGUCACUGUCAGUGCUUUUCACUUUACCUUACUGUUACAUUUUUACAUCUUGCAUUCCUUUCAGUAUGUGUUGACUCUGUACAGAUAUAUUUUCACAUAUAAGAAGUAUUUUUUGUAAGGAUAUUUACCAGUUGGAAGUGUGCGAAGCAGCACGGUCAUUGAAAGACGUGUGUGUCUGAAUGCAAAGCAUUGCUGAAUGAGGAGGUGUUUUAUUCAAUUGAUUUCUUUUUCCUUUUCUCCAGCUUUCUUUUUAAUCAGGAAAAUGCGAUAAAAUUUUCAUGAACUUGUUAUUGUUGAUUAUUUUUAUUAUUAUUAUUUCCUGUUUUAUUAAAAUGCCAGCUCUUAACAGUU